GUUCAUGACGUCAUAUUCUCGCGAGAGGAGGCUAGCGGCGUGUGGCUGAACAUGCCUGCGGGAUGCUUGGGGCUGGAAGUGCAAGCGGCGCUGCGGGGAAUGUAAACACAGUGUGAGGGGGAAGCAGCCCGCUUGUCUGAUUGUAACCGAGGGGAGAUGGAUGGGAGCAGCGAACGCAGUGCGGAAAGGGAAGAUUCCGAGGAGGGACCGAGUGAGGAGGAGGUUCUGGGGCUCCAGCUGCCGGUGCCAAGAAGGAAACCCCACGGGUAUCUUUCAAAAGGAACCACUUACCGUCACACCGUAGACCUGUGCUUCUGCCUCAUUCAUGAAGCCAUAGCCAAGAGCCAGUGGGAGAAAGCGGCUGAACUUAUGCUGAGCUAUUUGCAGACUCUUGAAGAUGGGACCACCGAGAGGCAGAGGUGUGCUCCGGAGAUCAUUUGGAGACUUGGCAGUGAGAUCCUCCUAAAUCACCCUAGAAGUACAGUGGAAGAUGUCGGCUUGUUCUACGAGCGAAUUAAGAAUGUCGGCAUAAGAAGCUACCUCAAGAUAAGCCUAGAACAUGUCUUUUUUCUGCUGUGCAAUGGCAGCAAGGAUGAGGCUCUUUUAGCCGCAACUACUGCUGAAAGCUGGAAGUAUGGCCGGGCCUCUCUCUCCCAGGAGAACACGAUCAAGCUCAUUCAGGCAUACAGAGGGAUUCUAGACUACCGGUCUUGGCUGGAGAAGAAGGCGGCAAUUACUCAGGGGGAUAUGAGUUAUGCAACCCAAUUAAAUGCUGUCAAGGAAAUGUGUAUCUUCCAGCAACAAGCAAAGGCUGCUUUCCAAGGAAUUCUUAAGUUUCCUGGUGUUUGGGAUCCUUUUGUCCUGUGCUACAUAGAUCUUUUAGAGUCUUCUGAAGAAAAGGAGGAGGUGGAACAGAUCCUGAGGGACUAUGCAUAUGAUCCCAAAUUCCCUGCCAAUCCCAAUGCAUUUGUGUAUUUGUACGAGUUUCUAAAAAGGAAUGAGGCCUCAAACGAAGCUCUUAUAAAUGUGUUAAUGGACUUGCACACCAGGGUUCCAUCGCACAAACUCAUGCUGGAAUUCUGUGACCUCCUGAAGCAAUCUGAGUCAGAAGAGCAUCACCAACUCGCGCUGAAAGUUCUGUUUGAUCUCCUGGAUUUUUCCGGUUGGGGGUACAGUAUGGAAGCUUGGCGGCAAAUAGGAAAGCGGCUCAAGACAAGUCUGAAAAGAAAUCAGGACUUGUGGAUUGAGGAUCAGUGGAAAUCAAGACGCAGCUGGUGGCCUCUUUACCAUUUUACUGAGUUCCAUGCAAAAAAAGAAUGGAAGGAAAUCCCGAAACUGGCAAUGAAGAAAGCCUUGGCUGCUGGGAUUUUAUUAGGACCAGGCUGCGCCUAUUAUAAAGCUGUUUGUCGCCUCGGUAGAAAAACCAAGAUGAAAAAGGUGAGAGCCAUGAAGACGUUUCUGAAGAAUCACAGCUGUUCCUUAGUGGAACGACGGACCCAGCGCCAGAUUGUGUUCUUUACGUGCCGAAAAACUACAGCUGCUUCUUAGUGGAAGAGCAUUUGGAAGCGCUCAUGUGGAGGAAUUUGGUUUCCUGCCUGCAGGGUAUUUCAGCCAUUCUAAACUGUAUGUGCUUAUUUCAUGCUGCAGAGAGAAAAUGAUCGAUUGUACAGGUUUAGUAUCACCAGAGUACUAUACCCCCAUACACACACACACCUCGUUUGCAGCAAUAAAACUUACCCCUGUUACACUUGGGGUAAGUAGCUAAUGGCUUUGCACGCCGGUUAUGAGUGAUUUUGGUGCAGGAAGAGUGCAACAGAUUCUCAAGUGGAAAUCAAGGCUGUGAUUGGCCCAUUGGAGGUCACUCUCUUUUUUGGGCAGCUCCAGAUUUACUUUGCCUUAUGUGUGGGGUAAUUUUCAGAUUCAGAUUUUUGCAGGCUGGGAGUGGUAUUUCCACUUAUUUUAAAUCACUCACUCAGGGCUGGGCCCUCUGUUUGUAAAGUCCCUGCUGUGGCCUUAUACUAUAAUAAUAGUGCUACACUGUGAUAGAGUGCUAUAUCAUUGGUACCCAAUGUGGGGCUGGGCCCUCUGUUUGUAGUGAGAGGAUUAUCAGAAAUGUUGCGGUGUAUAUUAAGAUGGAAUCUAACCCACUGACCUCCUGUUGGAGCUUUAGGCUGCUUGGCCACCCUGACUGGCACAAAGUGGGUGCUGACCCACUCCUAUAACACAAGCUGGCUAAUCCCAACUGAGAGAAGAUUCCCCUGGCGUCUUACCCUCUACACAGUUAAACAAUUUGUGUUCUCUCUCUGUCUGUAGCAGUCCCUGUAGCUCCCAAAAAUCAGCAGGAAGUACAAGUCCUCUUCCUUUUCUCAAACUCUGGAAGAAACCACUCUUCCCCCAGAGACAGGGGUUGCUGGUCUCUCAAACUAGCCACAGAUAGGGUUUUUCUUUAUACAUGACAUAAAGAUACAGUGACACCUACUGUUAAGGUGUCAAAUAGCUUACCAAUUUAAUUAGCUCGGCAGAAUAUUUAAUUUCACCUAAGGGUUACGCUACGUUAUAGAAUGCCCUAUUCCUAGCAACUUUGCAAUUGGUUUUCAUUAUUUGCUUUUCAAAUUAUUUGCCUUUUUCUUCUGCCUGUUUCCAGCUUUCAAAUGGGGGUCACAGACCCCGGCAGCCAAAAACUAUUGCUCUGUGAGGCUACAGUAUCAGGGCCGCCAUCAGCAGCCAGCCCAGUAGUGCCCCCCUAGUACAUUGGUAGCCAUUGGUUACGCCCUGUGCAUACUGACGUCACGUGUACGCAUGGGUCGUAACCAAUCGGAUUACCCACUGACCCAAUGACAGGUCCCGGAAUUGAUUAAAGGGGGACCGAGCUACGAAGAAAACUGUAGUACAGUUGGGCCCCCUUUAAAGUUAAAAUCGCCUGGAACGACUGUGCCCCUCUGCCCUGCACAGUAUUAUUCUAAUUGUUACUUUUUGCUACUUUUCUAUGCAGGCCCUCUUCUAUUCAUAUUCCCAUCUCUUGUUUAAACCGCUGCCAGGUUGCUAGAGUAAAUGGCUGUUAAAAUACCACAUGGAAAGCUGCUGAAUGAAAAGCUAAAUAACUGAAAAACCAUAUAAAAUAAAGACCAAUUGCAAAUUAUUUCAGAAUAUGUCUACAUCAUAUUGAAAGUUAAUGUAAAGGUUAUCUACCUCUUUAAGAUGCCUGCAGUGUUUCUCUGUUUUCAUAGGUACCAGUUUGUGCAGUGCUGCCUUUGCACAUUGGUCAGGUACAUUAACAGUAACCUGCUAAGUGCCGGAUUGGAGGUUUGGGGUUACCUUAUGACAGGGGUUCCUAAACUGUGGUGCUCCCCCCUCAUAAAUGUGCUUGGAGCAGUGCAAACUGGGAAUAAUGGAGCUUUGCUCUCCUAGAUAUACCUCAAAGCCCAGCUUGUAGAUCAGUUGGGGUGAGAUUGGGGGGGGGGGGAGAAUAUUUUCUCUGUUUGUACUGAUUACAUGGGCCCUGACCAAAGGGGGCACUGGGCAUGCCUUCACGCUGGACUUGGAUUGAGAGAGUCUGACAACCACUGCCCUGUGAGCUCAAUGGCCGCAUCGCUCAGAGACACAGAGAGCAUUGCACAGGCUCUUCCUGCAGUGUUUAUACUGGAGACACUUGACAUACAGUGGCCAAUGACCAGUUUCCUAUGGAAAUGCAUUUGUACUGCUGGAUCAGCACCCUCACAUCAUUUAAAUGUGUAAUUUGUUUUUGUUAUUGAAUGUUGAAAUAAGGCAUAAACAGAACCAUUUACAUUC